AUGGAAGGAAAACAUUUCCACAAUAACAGGACCAUCAAGAUGUUUCUUCUGAUGUUUUUAGUGCAUAGAGUAGCUACUCUGAGCUGCCCUCCAAGUGAUGCUUUCCUUGUUCCACAUGAGUGGUACCAGCCUGGAGACUUCAUCAUUGGUGGGAUAGUGACUCACAUGGGCUACCACUUUUAUGAAAUUAAAUUUGAUGAAAACCCUGCUAGAAUACCUUACGACGUACCAAUUGUAAUCACCAAAUUUCAUCAACACAUCCUUGCCUUGGCCUUUGCUGUGAAGGAGAUCAAUGAGGACUCUCAGAUCUUACCUAACAUCACUCUUGGGUUCCACAUCUAUGACAGUUACGUACAAGCAAGGAUGACCUAUCGCAUGACUCUGGACCUGCUUUUCAAAUCACAGGAAUUUGUCCCUAACUACAGAUGUGAGAGACAGAAGAAUCUUAUGGCUAUCAUUGGCGGAUUGGAUUUUGAAAUCUCAUCUUAUAUAGGUGAACUUAUACACUUCUUCAAGAUUCCACAACUGACAUAUGGCUCAUUAGCUCAAGAUGCAUUUGAGACCGGUAAGCACUCUUCACUUUAUUUCAUGGUCCCAAAAGAGGACCAUCAGUACACUGGGAUUAUCCAACUGCUUCACCAUUUCAAGUGGACAUGGAUUGGCAUUUUUGCUGUUGAUAACAACAAUGGAGAAAAUUUCUUACAGAGAAUGCAGCCCUUACUCUCACAGAAUGGAAUAUGUUCAUCAUUUAUACAAAGGCUUUCCCAACUAGUCCAUGCAGAAGACAUACCAGAACUUUAUCAAACACUCUCAGUUAUCUCCAUUAAUAUGAUGAAUAGCAAAGCCAAUGCAUUUCUCGUCUAUGGAGAAUCCUGGGCAAUUUUGGGACUAAGAGCUUACACAUUUAUGAUAGAUCCUGAAAGCAAGGAAACUGCAUUGUUUAGAAAGGUGUGGAUCAUGACUGCACAGAUUGAUUUCAUAUUAUCUGGAUUUCAAGUCAGUUGGGAUCUCCAGAUGUUCCAUGGAGCUAUUUCCUUUAGUGUUCAUUCAACAGAUGUUGCAGGUUUCAAGGAAUUUCUUCAGACCAUCAAUCCUCUUUCAGUCUCCAGAGAUGGGUUUCUGCAGGAUGCUCUGAACACAUUACGUUUCAAUAGAAAAAAAGCUAUGAUGGGUAAACCAAUGGGCCAUCUAGAUCUCCAGGCUUGUCAGGCAUCUGAAGAUGAAACAGAGGCCAGGGCGAUACCUGUGAGUGGCGGCAAGAAGCCGCAGAAGAAAUCCUUUCAGAGAGUAAGAGUUGGAGCCUUAGAUCCCAGUGCUCCAAAGGGGAAAGAAUUAUUCAUUGAUGAAGAUGUGAUUGUCUGGCACCCAGCUUUUAAUCAGGUUCAUCCACUUUCUAGAUGUAAUGACCCCUGUUUCCCCGGAUCCUGGAAGAAGGGGAUUGAGGGAAAUCAGUUCUGCUGCUAUGACUGUGUUCCAUGCCCAGAAGGGAAGAUUUCAAAUCAAAAUGAUAUGGAUGACUGUUUUGAAUGUCCAGAUGAUCAUUAUCCAAAUGAAGAAAAGAAAGGCUGUAUCCUGAAAUCGGUGGUGUUUCUAACCUUUGAAGAAUCUUUAGGAAUUGGUUUGGCCUCAAUUGCACUUUGUUUCUUCUUCUUGACAUCUUGGGUGCUUGGAACUUUUAUUAAGCACAGGGAUACUCCCAUUGUCAAAGCCAACAACCGAUCCCUCACCUAUAUCCUGCUUGUCUCUCUUCAGCUCUGUUUUCUCUCCUCUUUACUCUUCCUCAGCCAACCUGGCAAAAUAACAUGCCUUCUCCGACAAUCAAUGUUUGGUGUCACUUUCUCUGUGGCCAUUUCUAGUGUAUUGGCCAAAACUAUCACUGUAGUUGUGGCUUUCAUGGCCACGAAACCGGGAUCUCAGAUGAGGAGAUGGGUGGGGAAAAGAUUGGCUUUUUCUUCUGUCCUUUUCUGCUCUCUCUUCCAGGUAUGUAUUUGUAUCCUUUGGUUGUCAACAUCUCCCCCAUUCCCUGAGUUGGACAUGCAUUCAGAGCUCCAAAAAAUGAUUUUACAAUGCAAUGAGGGGUCAGCUUUCUUCUUCUACUGUGUCUUGGGCUACAUGGGUAUCUUGGCCAUUGUCAGCUUUAUUGUGGCUUUCCUUGCCCGUAAAUUACCUGACAGCUUUAAUGAAGCCAAGUUCAUCACCUUCAGCAUGUUGGCCUUUUGCAGUGUGUGGAUCUCCUUCUUUCCAGCCUAUCUGAGCACAAAAGGAAAAGCCAUGGUAGCUGUGGAGGUCUUCUCCAUCUUGUCCUCCAGUGCUGCAUUACUGGGAUGCAUAUUCCUGCCAAAAUGCUACAUCAUUGUUGUACGGCCUGAGCUAAACCACAGGGAGCAACUCAUAAAGAGGAACUAA